AUGACCAACGUCGUCAACGGUACCGGCCCCGUCGCCACCCUCGCCCCCGGCCACUUCCUCUUCACCUCCGAGUCGGUCGGUGAGGGCCACCCCGACAAGAUCUGUGACCAGGUCUCGGACGCCAUCCUCGAUGCCUGCCUUGCCGAGGACCCCAACUCCAAGGUCGCCUGUGAGACCGCCGCCAAGACCGGUAUGAUCAUGGUCUUCGGUGAGAUCACCACCAAGGCCAAGCUCGACUACCAGAAGGUCAUCCGUGAGACCAUCCAGAAGAUUGGCUACGACGACUCGGAGAAGGGCUUCGACUACAAGACCUGCAACAUCCUUGUCGCCAUUGAGCAGCAGUCGCCCGACAUUGCCCAGGGUCUCGACCACGGUGACCUCGAGUCGCACGGUGCCGGUGACCAGGGUAUCAUGUUCGGCUACGCCACCGACGAGACCCCCGAGUACAUGCCCCUCACCAUCAUGCUUGCCCACAAGCUCAACGCCGCCAUGGCCGAGGCCCGUCGCGACGGCUCGAUGGGCUGGCUCCGCCCCGACUCGAAGACCCAGGUCACCGUCGAGUACAAGAAGGAGGAGUCGGGUGCUGUCACCCCCAUCCGUGUCGACACCGUCGUCAUCUCGACCCAGCACGCCGAGGAGAUCACCACCGAGGACCUCCGUGCCCAGAUCCUUGAGAAGAUCAUCAAGAAGGUCAUCCCCAAGAACCUCCUCGACGACCGUGUCGUCUACCACAUCCAGCCCUCGGGCCGCUUCGUCAUUGGUGGUCCCCAGGGUGACGCCGGUCUCACUGGCCGCAAGAUCAUUGUCGACACCUACGGUGGCUGGGGUGCCCACGGUGGUGGUGCCUUCUCGGGCAAGGACUUCUCCAAGGUCGACCGCUCGGCUGCCUACACUGCCCGCUGGAUCGCCAAGUCGCUCGUUGCCGCCGGCCUCGCCCGCCGCGCCCUCGUCCAGCUCUCGUACGCCAUUGGUGUCGCUGAGCCCCUCUCGAUCUUCGUCGACACCUACGGCACCGGCAACAAGUCGGACGCCGAGCUCGUCGAGAUCAUCCGCAACAACUGGGACCUCCGCCCCGGUGUCAUUGUCAAGGAGCUCGGCCUCCAGCAGCCCAUCUACCGCCAGACCGCUGCUUACGGCCACUUCGGCAACCCCUCGUACUCGUGGGAGAAGCCCAAGACCCUCAAGUUCUAA